GUGGUCUUGUCAUGUGAAAUUUGUUUGCGAAUUGUGAUCUGUUUGCACUUUAAUCCCAAUAUUUUCUUCAGUAUCAUAAAUGAUUAUAAUGUUGUUAUAAUAUUGCUCGAAUGUAUUGGGAAGCAUAGUGCGGGCAACGUCAAUUUGCAACUAUUAAGGCUAAGUCAAACGCAAGCGUGUUAACCUUUUAGUGAGCGCAGGUUAAACGUUAGUUGUGAUUUGACACCGACAUUGUGCUGUUGUUAUAGGCUUAGACUCGAUUAUUGCAGUUCUGUAUUAGUUAUAGCUUGUGUCCAGGUUUCACUCUAAUGCGGAUAUAAGAAAUGGAGAAAGGCCCAAUUCCACAGAAGAAGGUGGAUAAAACCACUCUAAAGAAGGAGUCCAAUAACAAAAGAAAAACCUUCAGGAAGGUCAAAAAUGUCUACUGUAUUUUGUGUCGCAGUUCUUACUUGAAACAUGAGGCUCAAGAGCAUAUGCAUGGUAUGUUGCAUCACCGAGAACUGGAGAGAGUGCUGGCCAUAGAUUCAGUUCAUGAAUGCCAGGCAUGUAAAGCAUUCAUCUCAGGUUUAAAUGCAUAUGCCCAGCACAUCUCCACUGCUCAACACCAAGCCAGGCUGCGGAAGCUGAUAUCUCAAAAUGUUAAGCCCCUCCCUCUGAAUAAGACUCUGAGCACGGAGACCCUCAUCCAAAUCCUGGAGAGAAACAAGAAACUGAAGAAAGAGGAGAGGAAAGCUUUGAAAAAGAAAAAAAAGAAACUGAAGCAGAUAGCUGGUCGGGGGCAUGCAGAAAUGCUACAGGAAACCACUAGAAAAAACACAGUGGCAUCUAUAGUAAUACAGGAGAAGGUAUCCAAACAGGUGAACAUGAGGACCCUGCAGGAAACCCACCAGAAAGGAAGCAACAGUUCUGUUGUUCAAAACAAGGAGAACAAAAUGUCUGGUUUGCGAAGACCGUUUCACCAGAGUGAAACAAGUGUACAGAAUCAAAGUGGAAGUUCGGCUUGUUUUUCUGGAGUGCCUGCAGGUAGAGGUUUGCAUCAACCUCACUCUCACGACCGGCUCACCCAAUCACCUCACCUCCAGAGGUAUGAUGACAACUUUUCUGUGAACAGCCAGUGCAUCAGUGUCAAAGACAGACUUGCUAAAAGGCAGCACAACAACCAAGGAAGUGCCACCAUUAUGUCAGAAGAAACAGUAUGGCCUACCAUCAGCCAGUAUGACUAUUACAACAGGCCGUAUGAUAGUGCGACAGAUAAAGAUUUCACCAGUGAUCAGCUCCCUCAGAAUGGAGCCAUCUUAUUUGAUUCCAGCCAGAAUGAGAGUACAGGAUCCUCUCAGCCUGAACAAGAAGGUUCACAUUGUUCACCUAAAGCUGCUUCAGCACACGGAUCCAUCAACGCAGCUCCUAUACGGGAUGUUGAUGUCAGUGUGAUGCUGAGACAAAUCAGAAGAGCCCUGGGUGUGAGGGAGCCAUGUAGGGCAGAUCGCGACGCCAGGAGGCAGAACGGCAAGGCAGGUGUCUCAGUGGCUGGAACUGAGGAACAGCAGCAGUCAGCUACCUCCUGUGUGAGUCCCACCUCCACUGCAACUACAUAUGUGCAAUCUCCACAAGUUAGCGUCCCUACACCUGCAUCCCAGUCUGGUAGCUGUCCUUCCAACAUUGCUUGUGCUAAGAAAAGUCAGACAACUUUCAAAGUGAUGCAAGAAAUGCCUCAGCAUUGCGAGAAGAGCUUGGUGUUUUCAGAUGGACUGUCAAACAGCAGAGAAUCUCAGGGGGCCCUUGACAGUCCAGCUGAACACAGCCAAUGUAUGGCCAGGACUACAUCCUCUGAGUCCAACCUGAACAUCAGCUGUAGGGUUGGAGUCACUCAAAAAUCAGGUACAACUCAAGGGGAGAAUGAAGCUGGACUUAAAGCAACCCUGAGCACGUUGUUCAGCUUUUCAGAGCCCAGGAGUAAGUUGAGCUGGAGGGAGAUGUAUGAGAAGAUGAAGAGAAAGAAGCAGAGCUCUUCUACUGACCAGGAAAGCUCAGCACAGCCACAGGACAGUGACGUGCCUCUGUCUGAAGGCUUCCAAUGGGAGUUGUUUCCACACAGUCCUUCAGGUCCACACUCGAGUUUACCUCUUCCACGUCAGGACACAUCGGAUUUUGACACUCACACUGAGACACAGUCAGAUUCCUUGAUGCAGGAGCCUUUGGAACAACCUGGUACAACACAGCAGGGUGGGAGCAGUCACAUAGUCACAGCAGCCCCUGCGAAAAAGGAGCCAGACUUGCAGGGUGAUGGGAGCUUGAGAGACAACAGCAGCACCAACAAGAGGAAACACAACACAGAUAAUGACAUUUCCGAUAUUGGGCCAAGUGGAAAAAAGAAGAAAACAAAAUCAAACAAAGACCAGGAUCAGAUGGACCAGCUGUUAGCAGUGUCUCUGAUGGAGGAUGAGCUGAGCCACUCGCUGCAGGAUUUGGACAAAUUUCUGGUCCAGGCUCGCAACACCCUGCAAGCUGCUUACACAGAAGUGCAUAGACUCCUGCUAUUAAGGCAGCAGGUAACUGCCAAGGUCGACAGUCUAAGAGCCAAGCGCAUUGAAAUCCUGCAGGGGAUGCAAGAAGGAUACACAGGAGCAUCUAAUGCAGCAGAGAAAGCCACCACCUCAUCAGUGGGGUUUGCUUCUGUGCAACCAGGACUCUCAUCCCUUCCUUCCUCUAGUGCCUUCUUGACCUCCUCCAACCAGGAACCACCAGCCGCAGUGCUGGCAUCAUCUAUCACCCAGCCUCAUCAAGUUCCCUGCUCUCUGUCAGCCAUGUCAGUAAAGAGUAAAGGACAAGAGUCAGUAGCAGAGAAGUCUGUCCCUGAAAGAGAUGAAAAUGCAUCUUCAACAGCACCAGACAACAACAGGAACGAAAGCGAUGCCUCCGUUGAAAUGAUGCCAUCCAACCUCGUAGUCAUUGACAUUGAUGAACCAAACAAUGAGGACUCGUAUGAGGCCGUCUCAAAUGCUCCAGCUUGCCCAGAGCCACCUCAGGAGUCUGUCGGUGUGCAGUUUAGUUCUACAAGCACACAGACAUUUCAGCAAAAUGACAUUGACAGAAAAGAACAGCUUCCAGCCCUACCAGUGAAAGAUGCCAGUUUUACAACAGAGUCUGCUGAGGAUGAAGAGCCAUCCUUGGGAGCGUUUAUGAAUCACAAUGGCCCCGUCCACGACCUGCAAGUACAUGACGGUCUGCUGUACACGUGUUCAGGGGACAACACAGCUCGAGCCUAUAAUCUAGUUACCAGGGAGUGCCAAGCAGUGUUCGAGGGUCACACAAACAACAUCAACUGUCUGCUGGUGUCAUCUUUCCCGAACGUGCCAACACGCCUUUACACUGGAUCCAGUGACCAGACCGUCUGCUGUUACAGCAUAAAAUCUAAGAAGUGUCUGGAGCAGGUCUCUCUACCAGACAGGGUGUUGUGUUUGCACAUAGCCUGGAACAUUUUGUAUGCUGGACUCGCCAAUGGAUCAGUUGCUAGCCAUGAUUUAAAAACUCUGAAGCAGCUGGAUGUGUUUGAGUGCCAUGGCCCACGAGGGGUGAGCUGUCUGGGUACCGCACAAGAGGGUGCUUGCCGGCUGCUGCUGGUUGGCUCCUACGACAGCACCAUCAGCGUGCGAGAUGCCAGGAGUGGCCUGCUGCUACGCUCACUGGGGGGCCACACCAAAACUGUGGUCUGUAUGAAGGUGGUGAAUGACCUGGUGUUCAGUGGCUCCAGCGACGCACUUGUUCAUGCCCACAACAUCCAUACUGGUGAGUUGGUUCGUGUCUACAAGGGUCACAGUCAUGCCAUCACAUCAGUUGUCAUCUCGGGGAAAGUGAUGGUGACGGCGUGUCUGGAUAAACUGGUCCGAGUUUAUGAGCUGCAGUCCCAUGACUGCCUGCAAGUGUAUGGGGGUCACAGCGAUAUGGUGAUGUGCAUGGCUGUCCAUAAGAGUGUGAUCUACACAGGCUGUUACGAUGGCAGUGUUCAAGCUGUAGAGCUCAACCUACUGAAAAACUACCGCUGCUGGUGGCAGAACUGCUCUCUUAUCUUCGGCAUAGCGGAGCAUCUCCUGCAGCACCUCGUAGGAGAUCACAGCACCCCGAGUCUACAGACGGUCAAAUGUCGCUGGAGACACUGCGACACUGAGCUGCCUGAACACAUGCAGAGGCAUGUGGCGAGUGACAGUAAGGUGCAGCCUUGA